CCCUCCCUAACAACGCCCCCUAGCAACGCCCCUUGACUACAGCAUCCCAAACCCAACUGCUUUGAAACGUCUCUUCGCACGAGCGAUUGAUGGCGCGGUGGAUUUAAAAACAAAGUUGGUGGUUUCUAAAUUGCCUUUGAAUCAAAUUCGUUUCGGUGGUGGUGAGGGUGGGGGGUGGGCGAGAAAAUGAGCGCGGAGGAGGCCGACGAGGAGGUGAAGGCGGCCCCUCCGUCCGUGGAGUCGAGCGAUCAGACGGAGCGAAUCGAGGCGCGGAGACUGAGAGUGGCGGCGAGGGUGGAGGCGUUGAAGAGGGCGAUUCUGGGUGAGACAUCCAGCCUAUCACUCGAUGCCCUCACCCAGGGUGGCCAAGCCCAGCGCCGUGAGGAGGAGAGCCGUCAGAGGCUGGACAAGCUUCUGGAAGACGGCACGGAGCUGGUGAGCAAUGUACGUGUGGCGGUGGAUGCCAGAGAGGUACAGAGGCGCGCGCACAACGAGGAAGCGCGAAGGCUGAGGCUGGAGAAGUUAGAGUCGGAAGCCCGCGAAAGCCUCGAGAAAUUCGAACGCAUCGCCAGCGGUUGGCACGCGCCGCUCGGCGGCUUGAGGGACUUCAGCGGAAAGACUGGGGUAACCGCCGAUGGGGCCGUCAACGCUGCCACCAACGGGACCAAGCGGGCCCUCCCCGUGCCUCAGGCGCUGCGAGAUGCCCUGCAUGCACAGCAGAAGCUGUGCGCCGCUCUCAUCGAAGACAAGAACAAGCUCAUCACUGAACUCGAGCAGGAGCUCAAGACACACGAUGAACAGUUUGUUCGAGACCUUAAGCGACAGGCGACCGACAUAGAACUUCUCACGGAGCGGAUGGAGGAGCAGGCACGCAGCGUCGCCCAGACAUGCCGUGAAGAGAUGACGAGCCUGGAGAAAGAGUUUGAAGCAGAGAGGCGUGAGCUGCUGGAGAAAAACCGCAAGGAGUGGGAGCAAGCGACACACACCAGGCGAGACAGGGAGGAGCAGCAGCUGGAGGGGCGACUGCGUCGAGCCGAGGAUCAAGAGCAGCAGCUUCAGGACUUGCGGCGACAGGGGGUGGAGGAGAUCAACGAGAUCAAGGAAAAGCUGGAGGGCGACGUGCAGGCCCUGCAGCAGCAGCUGCAGCAGAUGAAGGCUACAUACCAACUCAACCAGGAGAAGCUUGAGUACAACUUCCAUGUGCUGAAAAAACGUGAUGAAGAGAAUGCCUUGGCCAAGGCUCUGCAAAAACGCCGGCUCACAAGGCAGCAGGAUUUGUUAACCUCCUUGAAGGCCCGUUACGCCAAGAUGGAGCGGCAGUACAAGGACGAAAACUUGUCUUUGGCGAGCGACUUCACGCGGAUGUCCGAGGAGCAGCAGCAGGUGCAUAGCCUCACCAGUCACUUUGGCGGUGUGGACGCGCGCCGUUUCCGUGGCGUGUGGCUCAUGGCGGAGGAGGAGGCACGCCGCCUCGCUCGCCGGGCCCUUGACGCCGACCGCGCCAUCACCGAGCAGCAGCUGGGCCUAGACUGGGAGGCCCCCCCUGACUCCGAGGCCCUCCUGGUUGGGCCCAGCCGUCUCGCCGUGGGCAGCCACCGGACGGCCGCAGAGCUCACCAAGAGCAUCCUCACCACGCCCGGAGGGCUGAAACAAGAGGAUGAGGAGGUGGAGGAAAAGGUUAGAGAGGCAGACACAUCGAAGGAAGGGAGGGAAUCUCCGGCACUUACCCCUGCAACGCUGAAACGAAUCCUAGAGCUGCUCAGCGAUGAAUCGGGUUUCUUGGUGGAGCAGAAGCUGCUGAAGCUGCUGGAGCCUCUACCCCGUGACGAGCGCUCCCUUCUGACGCUGCACACCGUCCUCACCGCUCUGGGUUUGGAGACGGAGGAGGACGUGAAGAAGCUCGCGGAAUUCUUCCUGGCGUUCGGAAAGGAACGGAAGGCGGAACGUGCGCAGCUCUGGGCUGCCGUGAAGGGAAGUGAAAGGGCUGCCUCUUUGAAGAAGGAGAAUGGAGAGGCUGGAGCUGCCAAGGUUGAGGAAGUAGGCGGAGGAAGAGAUAGAAAGGAGGAGAGAGAUGGAGAGCAGUUGAGCGAGCAAGAGAAGGAGGAGAGAGAUGCAGACGGGAGGAAUGGAGGGGAGACAGAAGGAGGACAGCAUCCCUGGGCGCCCACAAGCGAUGAUCUCAUCGACCCCGACGAUGUCCUGUUGGCUCUGAAGCUGUUCAUGAAGGAGCAUCGCAAGCCCAACAGGAGCGGGUUUGACCGAGCGCUGCUGGAGGCCGGGCUUGGUGAGCGCGACGAGGAGCGGGAUCAGGAGUAUUGGCACCAGCUCGCCGGGAUCAUCCCCGACGAGCGCCUCACAGUGUGGGACGCGCUGCUGCAAGGCCUGGACAAGUACCACACGGUGCUGAGUGCCCGAGAGAGCCUCGUCGGUGAGACCGAAGCGCUCAGGCGGCAGAACGCCGAGCUGCGUUUGCUGCUGCAGCAAUACAUGCAUACGCGGGUAAACCCCGAGAUGAAAGAGCCCUCUUCUAAAUCCUUCGAAUGGGCUGUCCUGCCGUGAUCUCCGAACGAGGCCGGGGGUCAAACGAGAAACAAGUGAAGAUCAACCGCGAGGAGGUGCUGGAUGGGACACAAGGUCACAGCCACUGCUCCAAUUACUUGGAGUGGAGAUCACCGUGAGGAGGCGAGGAGGCUUCAGAGGGACAAGGGGUCACAAUUACUGCCCCCGAUACUUGGAGUGCGAGCGUAUAUUUUAUAAUUUCUGAUAAUUUCCAUGGGCAAUUGCCAAAGCGCUCCUGCUAAGGUGGACCUCAAAGACCAUGAAAUGUCACCACUCACAAGUGACAACCGAAAUCUGAAUUUUAUAUAUUUUCCAAGAAAAUAAAUUAAUAACGCAGCCUGUGCAACUACAUUCACCUAUAUGUCCCUUAUAAAGGAAGGACAUUAAUAUGAAAUUGAAUAAGUAGAUGUCAAUCGUAUGGUUAAAUAAAGGACAACAACUGAAGAAGCUGUUCAAUGAAUAAUAAUUAUUGGCUGGUGAAGCCUGCAUUACUACUGUGAGUGUUCACAGGUGAAACAUGCCAGGCCGAGACAGCUGGGGUCUGAAGCUUGACACUUUCACUUUUCUAGUGCUCACUAGCUUGUUCAAUAUAGAGCACCAAUGUAUUUACUUCCAGUGGCUACUAUAAAAUGAUAAUGUGCCAAGGAGAACGAUGCUUGAUUUGAAUUUUGUCAGGAGGGUGGGAGCAAGGGGAAACCAGAGCAACGGCUCUAACUCCAAGAAUUGUGGGUUUCAGAUAUUGUCGUUCUCACAUUCACCUGAAAGCAUUUUACUUUCCCGCAUUUUUAUUUUGCUUUUGAGUUAUUAAAAUAAAUUUUCCGAAUCA